AUAUGUUCAGUAUAUGAUCAGUAGAACCGUACCAAUAGCGAGAUAUAUCGCUCGAUCGAGACUUAUAGCGAGACCAGCAUGCCAAUUUGUUAGAUUCAUUUCAAAACUUCCCGAUCUGACCAAUCAAGAAUCGAAGUUACGGGAGAUAAUUGAGAGUACAAAUUUCGGUACUGAAGCUUUGAAGAAGCAACAACAGGAUGAAAUACGAAAGAAACAAGAUCAAAUUGAGCUACAAAAGAAGAUAGACGAGGAGGUGAGAGUACGUAAAGAACACGAUAGGUCAGAUGCUGAUAGUAUACAGUCAUCUGUAAAGCCAACAGAGAAUGCUCAAGACUCGUCGCUACUUCAAGAAAUCAACGACACUAUUCAAAAAGAGAUUGGAAAUUUGCCUUCCCAAAUGGAGAAAUCUCGGAGUAAAAUGGCUGAACGACUCGAAAUGUUUCUUGAUUCAGCCCAGGAUACAAUCUUGACAGCAACAAGGACCUUGAAUGACGUUACCGGGUAUUCGGCCAUUGAAAAGUUGAAAAAAUCUAUAGAAGUUUUAGAGCAAGAAUUGAGAGAGUCUAAAGAGCACGUUAAGACACGAAAGACAGCAUAUAGUGAAGCCAUUCAACAGCGUGCUACUUCACAACGAGAAAUCAAUGAAUUACUUACAAGAAAACAUAAUUGGACUCCUGAUGAUUUAGAAAGGUUUACUGAACUUUACAGAAACGACCAUGCCAAUGAGCAUUUAGAAAGUGAAUCCGAAGCGAAGUUAGAAGAAGCGGAACUGAAAGUGGACGCUAUUCAAUUGAAGUUAACGCAACUGAUAUUGACUAGGUAUCACGAAGAACAAAUUUGGUCGGAUAAGAUUAGAAGGUCGAGUACUUGGGGUACGUGGAUUUUGAUGGGGAUUAACGUUAUGCUUUUUAUGGUGGCCACGUUCUUUGUCGAGCCUUGGAAAAGAAGGAAGUUGGUUCGUGCGUUUGAAGAGAAGGUUAAAGAGUUGCUUACCAAUGGUCACUCUGAACAUUCGCCAGAUUCAACCAAAUUGGUAGUUCCAGAAGCAACUAAUGAAGUGGUAACUACAGUUGAAAAGCCAAAGCUAGAGCAAGAGAACGUUGCCAAAGUUACAGAAAAGAUAUAUACUUUCUCAUUCAUUGAAUACAGUUGGAAUAGUUUCAAACAAUUGGUACUUUCCAACUAUUAUGCAUUAACAAACGCAGACAUUACAAAACUACAGUUUAACAAGUUUGAAUUUGAGAUGUUUACCUUGGGAUUGACACUCCUAGCAUGUUCUUUAGGAAGCUUAUUAACUUUAUGGUUAAGGUAGUAGUUCUCUGUAUAUAGUCUUAGAUAUAAUAGACAAUAUUUAUUGGUAG